GCCAUCGCCGACUCCCCCUCACCAUGACAACAGCAGAUUUCCAGCACAGUCGAAGGACGAACGGAAGGCCGUCUGUCCCGGGAAGGAGCUUCAUGAGCGGGAGGCCAGCCGGAGGCAGAGGGAGACGCCGUCUGACUGUGUGAUCAACAACAUGGCUCUGCUUCAGCAUCCCCGGCUGCUGCUCGCCUGUGUAGGGCUGCUGCUGCUGCUCGCCUUUGGCAGCAUCGACGCUCGGUCUUCGCCUAUAUCGGACUUGAAAUCCAAAAUAUCCGGGGUGGAGGAGCUCUUGGAGGAAUUCCGCAAACAGCUGCAGCAGGACCAGACCUACAGGACAGGUGAAGUGAUGGACUCCUGCGUGGGCGACUUCAGUGCCGCGGGGGAUCGCAUCAUCCGGGCCAAGGACUCCAUCGAGCAGGGAGCCACCUUCCUGCUGGCCCCGGACAGGGUGUAUACCUGGAAGGACUGUGUGCACGCCUGCUGCUCCCAGCCUCACUGCGCCGUGGCGGUGCUUCACGAGGACCAGAGGCAGCCCGGGGACAGUCUCCGUUGCUACCUGUUUAACUGCACCUACAGGAGUAAGAAUGUGUGCGCCUUCUCAGCUCAGAAAGGCUUCACAACAUACAGCCGGACUCCCAACACAACGCAGGGACACCUCCCUGUUUCAUCCAGCGGCUCAGCCCGGAGGCCCGGAGAAGAAGCUCCUGAUGAGGAUGAUGCAGACGUGGAUGAGCCUCCUCGCAGUGACGCUGGACAGGAUGUGGUUAUCCAACUGCCCACAGAUUGGGCUGUGCUGGAUGGCCGUGACAGCGUGGACGACCACGGGAUCCGCCGCUAUGAGUGGAGUCUGAUUAAAGGAGACACAGCCAUCAAUAUGAAGUCAACACAUCCAGGGUUGCUGAAGAUCAGUGGCCUCCAGGAAGGAGUCUACACGUUUCAGAUGACAGUCACUGACACAGCGGGACAGAAGAGCUCCGAUAACAUCUCUGUCACCGUACUGGCUCCAAAACACCAAGCAGAAGUAUGUACCGGUCACUGCUCGAACUACCAAUUUAAGUGUGAUGACGGUUGCUGUAUUGACAUCACCUAUGCCUGCGAUGGGAAGCAGCACUGUCCAGACCGCUCAGACGAAGAUUUCUGCCCAAACUUCGAUGGCAGCCGAAAGUCAGUGACCCACGCUGUGGACCCGCCCAGCCCUCAGCGGCCUGUCGCUCAGACAAAGAAAGCUGAAGACGUCUCCAUGCUCCCGACUGGAGCCAGGAAGACCAUCACACCGCAAGACACAAGCAAGGCAGCUCCUUCUCAAAGUGCCAGUGAACAGGGAGCUUCAGUCAGUCAAGACCCAUGUGCUGCUGCUCCAGUUGUGGGACCCUGUAAAGGCACCUUCCCACGGUGGUAUUACGACCAAAAUGUGGGAGAGUGCAAACACUUCCUGUACGGAGGCUGCCAGGGAAACCACAACAACUUCCUCCAGGAGUCGGACUGUGUCAGUGAAUGCAUACAAAAAAGUCCAGCUUUCAGACCUGCUAGUGUGGCUCCUCCAGUCACCAAGCAGACUGAGAUAGCUUCCCCUAAAACCAACCAGAGCCAAGCAGUGAGUGACGCCCCCAUCUCCAAACCAUUUCCAGUCAUGGGAGGACACCCAGUCCCAGAGUCAGGUGCCAUCCUUCCUCUGGCACUUGGCCUAAUCAUCACCGCCCUGCUGCUGCUCAUGAUCAGCUGUCGUCUCAGGCUCGUCCGCCACAAACUGAAGAAAGCGCGUCCCCUCACUACAGAGGAGUCAGAUUACCUCAUUAAUGGCAUGUACCUGUAGCCAAUCAGAGACCCGAGAAAAAAACCAUCAGAGCCCAAUCCAGGACGUUCUGAAUUUGCACUCUGCAUUUCUUCGAUGUCUCUUAAUUUAUCCUCGUUUCCUGUUAGAAAGAUCCAAAGCUCUGCUGCCGUGAACGUUGCCGAACACCUCCACACCGAUCCCCUCUGACUGUCACUGUAUAUCAGCUGCUGAUAGAUUCAGCGAACAUACUGAGAUGCUUGUGAAUUCAUACUUAUGUCCUAACAAAAUCACUGAUGGAAUAUCAGCAUUUCUCCUUUACUUCUGAUACAUAUACUAAAAUAGACACUUGUCUCAUCUAUUACAACUGAUUCAUUAAACACUGGUUACUUUGAGACAACCAUUUUCAUUUUACUGCACAAAACAUGCGCUAUUUCUGCCUCUGUACGACUUUAAUGUGCCAUAUUUUUGCUGUGUGUUUUAAUCACAUUAAAUUGCCGUACGGCAGACACAAAAAGCAUUGAGUGCCUGUUACAGUCCUAUAGGACCUGAUUUUUUUCAUGUACAUAAACACAUAUACACACUUUUACAAUGGUGGAUGUUCAUAUUAAACAUAAUCAGAGUCUAAUCAUGUGGUCAGCAUAUGUGAGCGAGAAGGCUUCAGACUUUGUUAAAUGCUCUGUUUCAGGUCCUUUUUUCUUCCUGCUGGUUCUUUAGGAUGUAAGUGAGAGCAGAUAUUCCAAAUUUGGUCACGUCAGCCACACGCACAUUCAUGGGUCUGAGGACAGAAGCCCAACCCACCUGCCUGUCAAACCUUCUGUUUAUGACCUGUAGCUAUUCAGAAAAACAUAAAGUGUACUUAAUUUGUCCCAAAAGGUCAGGCAGCCAAAAUAUUCAACACAGCCUGUAAUAAAAUAUUUGCAUAAACAGUAAAAUAAAGCAGUGUUUCUCAGACUGUAGAGCACAGAGUCACAGUAGGUGGGGUGUGAGUGAGUUUGGUAAAGUGUGAAGUUUAAUGAACAUUAUUUUUUUUAUGAAAAAUUAAACACUUGAGGCUUUGCUCAUGAGCUUUUCUGCUGACCUUUAGUCCCCUGAAGUUCAGCACUGUCUUUUUUUGUUGGUAGUAAUUGAUAAAAUUGUGGUUUGAGAAUCGCUGGUUUUAAUGGAGGGAACUCAAAGAGGAUGAACCGGGGGCUGCACAAAGCCAAGUAUGCCAAAUAAUAAUAAUAAGCAUUAUUUUGAACUAUGAAUCAUACAAAGCUACUCUUGCUAAGUCCAAAAUGUUAUAUUAUGCGGCUGGAAAUUAUGAUAUGUGUCCUUUAAAGUUUGCCAGAAUCAUAUAAAACUAUAGCAAAGUCUUUUGGUGAAUUUCUAGUCCUGUAUGAUUUUGUUGCGUAUUUUUCUCUAAUAAGGCAACAUAAUUGGAGUGUAUACCAUAUAUCUAUAUAUAUAUUUAUUUUGGAAAAUGUAUUCCCCCAAAGUGCUGUUUUUCAUGUAACAUAUUAAAGUUUAUUAUAUAAAUAAAAAGUACCGGGUUAUAUAUGUUAACAACAGGAUUUGCCAAAACGAUUUUAUUUAGAGAUGAUCAUCAUAUUUGUAGAGUUUCGUCUCUCCCUCUUGUAUUUCUGGAAUUUUGAUAAUCAUACAUUUAGUCCAUCAUGUCAAGAAAAAAUCGUUUAAAAUAAUUUAGCUUUACAACCAACUUUUCAUUACUUUGUCACAGUGUAGGGUUUGGCGUGAAGAAAACUGGAUUUCUAUCACAGCCCUGUCUUUUUUACUGAUGGUGUGCUGAGCCAGUUCCACCUUGGUUCUUUUAGAGAAUCAGCAUAUAUUUCAACAAGUAUAGCAACUCGACUGUUGAUGGAGGAGAGAACUUGAAGGCUGAAUCUGUUAAUCCUUUUUUUUUUUUUUAAAUUGUAGCUUCGAGGUAUGCCCAGCCAUUUUGUGUCUUUUAUUGUGGCUAUACAUGAAACUGAUUCUAGAUUUGGCACCAACUUACUCACUCAUCUGCUGCGUUAUUAGGUACACCUGUUCAGCUGCUCCUUAUUGCAAAUCUAAUCAGCCAAUCACUGCAAGCAACUCAGUGGAUUUAGGAAUUUUGAUGUAGUCAGGAGUUCUGAGGUUCAAACUGAGCUUUACAACGGGGAAGAAAGGCCAUUAAAGUGACUUUGAAUGUAGCAUGUUUGCUGGUGAUCGAUGGGCUCAUCCGAGUAUUUCAGGAACUGCUGAUCUGGGAGUUUCCCCAAACCACCAUCUCUAAGGUUUAGAGAAUGGUCUGAAAAACAGAAACUAUCCAGUGAGCAGCAAUUCUCUGGGUAGAAAUGCAUUGUGAUAUCAGAGAAUGGCCAGACUGCUUUGACCUGAAAAGAAGGCAAUAGCAACUCCAAUAACCACUCAUUACAACCACGGUAUCUCUGAAUCACACAUUGAAGCAGAUGGACUAUAUCAGCAGACCAUUCUGGGUGCCACUACUGUCAGCUAAGAACAGAAAACUGAUGCUAUAGUUGACAGAGACUCACCACAGUUGGUCAAUAGAAUUCUCGAAAAGCUUCACCUGAUGCUCACCAGUGCUUUAUGUAAUAUUGUAGGGUCUACCUUACGAUAUAAAGCACCUUGAGGCGACUGUUGUUGUGAUUUAGCGCUGUAUGAAUAAAUUGUAUUGAACUGAUGUGAUGAAUCUUGAUUUCUGUCGUCACAUUUGAAUGUUAGGAUCAGAAUUUAGCAUAAACAACAUGAAAGCAUGGCUCUAUCCUGCCUCGUAUCAAAGCUUCAGGCUGCUGGUGGUGGCGUAAUGAUGUUG